AUGGUAAAACAUUCGUUCAUAGCGCUAGCUGAACAUGCUAGUAAAAUAAGAAGGUCUAUUCCACCCGUCAAAUUGACUUAUAAAAAUAUGCUUCGGGACCCAUCGGUAAAAUAUAAGGCGUUUGUGCCACCAAAGAUGACCAACAGAAUUUGGCCCGACAAAACUAUUCAAAAGGCUCCGCGCUGGUUGUCUACUGACUUGAGGGAUGGUAAUCAAUCUUUACCAGACCCAAUGUCUGUGGCUCAGAAAAAAGAAUACUUUCAUAAGCUAAUCAAUAUCGGUUUUAAAGAAAUCGAAGUGUCUUUUCCCUCUGCAUCUCAAACAGAUUUUGACUUCACUAGGUAUGCUGUAGAAAACGCGCCAGAUGAUGUUAGUAUCCAGUGUCUUGUUCAAUCUAGAGAACACUUGAUCAAAAGAACCGUCGAAGCGUUAACUGGCGCCAAGAAGGCCACUAUACAUGUCUACUUGGCGGUAAGUGAUAUGUUCCGCGAAAUUGUAUUCAAUAUGUCUCGAGAAGAAGCCAUCUCAAAAGCCGUGGAAGCCACAAAGCUGGUCAGGAAGUUAACUAAAGAUGAUCCCUCACAACAAGCUACUCGUUGGUCGUAUCAGUUCUCUCCCGAAUGCUUCAGUGAUACUCCAGGUGAAUUUGCUGUAGAGAUUUGUGAAGCGGUCAAGAGAGUCUGGGAACCUUCCAAGGAAAAUCCUAUUAUUUUCAACCUUCCUUCUACUGUGGAAACAGCCACACCAAAUGUUUAUGCUGAUCAGAUUGAAUAUUUUGCCACACAUAUCACUGAACGUGAAAAAGUUUGUAUUGCUACACAUUGUCAUAAUGAUCGUGGUUGCGGUGUUGCUGCUACGGAAUUAGGUAUGCUCGCAGGUGCUGAUCGUGUAGAAGGUUGUCUCUUCGGUAAUGGUGAGCGUACAGGUAAUGUUGAUUUAGUUACUGUUGCCAUGAAUAUGUACACCCAGGGUGUCUCUCCUAAUUUGGAUUUCUCUGAUUUGACCUCUAUUUCAGAAAUUGUCCAUCGCUGUAACAAAAUUCCAGUUUCUCCAAGAGCUCCAUAUGGUGGUGAAUUGGUCGUUUCUGCCUUUUCCGGCUCACAUCAGGAUGCAAUUAAAAAGGGAUUCGCUAUUCAGAAUAAGAAACAAGCCCAGGGAGAAACUCAGUGGAGGAUCCCAUACUUACCAUUGGAUCCAAAGGAUAUCGGGCGUGAUUACGAAGCUGUCAUUAGGGUCAACUCACAAUCCGGCAAGGGCGGUGCUGCUUGGGUCAUUUUGAGAUCGCUAGGGUUAGAUGUACCAAGAUCAAUGCAAGUUGAUUUUUCCAAUAUUCUACAGAAGAAUGCGGAUGCCUUAGGAAGGGAGUUAAAGUCCGAAGAAAUUACAAAACUAUUUAAGGAAACUUACAACUACAACAACAAUGAACACAUAUACGUCACUUUGUUGAAUUACGAAGUCAAAAAAUUGAACUCAGAACGUAGAGCCUUAGUGGGCCAAGUUGAAAUUAAUGACAAAGUUGUUAAUAUCGAAGGUUACGGUAAUGGUCCCAUCUCCUCUCUAGUGGAUGCUCUAUCCAAUCUAUUGAACGUUAAGUUUAGCGUUCAGAACUAUUCCGAACACUCUUUAGGUUCUGGUUCUACAAACCAAGCUGCAUCUUUCAUAAACCUUUCCUAUAUAAAGAACGAUAAUCAUCCUAUUGCCAGUAAUAUGUGGGGUAUUGGUGUCUCCGAAGACACUGGGGAUGCAUCUAUUAAGGCAGUAUUUGCUACUGUUAAUAAUAUAAUCCAUUCCAAGGACGUUGUACUAGCAGAAGAAUAA